AUGCCAUCAUCUUCAUCCCAGCCUAAAUGUCUAGUGCGAGGCUCAAUCAAUAUCGACGAGUUUUUCGCUUUACCACAUAUUGUCCGACCUGGAGAAACCAUCUCCUCGACUUCUCUGACUAAAAGAGCAGGAGGGAAGGGAGCGAAUCAGGCUUAUGCUGUUGCUCGCGCAGGAGGGCAGGUAGAUCUGGAUGGAUGUAUCGGUAAAGAUGGAGAAUGGGUAAGGGAGUUUUUGAGGAGUGGAGGUGUAGGUGACAGCAGAUUAACCACUUUGGAUGAUGAGUUGACGGGAAGGGCUAUCAUUCAAUCUGCUGCUGAUGGAGAGAACUCCAUUGUCCUCCACGCCGGAGCAAAUUACCACCUUCCUUCUCCUCUUCCCACUCCCGACCUGAAAGACUACACCCACAUCCUCCUUCAGAAUGAGAUUCCUCUGCAGUCGACUCUGUCGUACCUUGAAUCAUCCAAACCAAGUGGUCUGAUAUCGGUUUUUAACCCUUCACCGAUGUUAUCCCAGAAAGAACUCCGUAAAUUCCCUUGGGAAUGUCUAUCAUGGUUGAUAGUAAAUGAAGGUGAAUUAUUCGAUCUAUUAGAUGCUUUCCAACAGGAUCCAUCAAUCACCAAGACCAAGAAGACCAAUAAUGUGGAUGAUCUGAGCUUGGAAGAGUUAAAAGCUAGAUCAACAGAGGGGAUUUUGAAUCUACAUUCCAAUUCUUACUUUUCUGAGAAUAUCAAUAUAAUAUGUACCCUCGGAUCAAAAGGUAUAUUAUACUUCAAUCCUACCUCUGGUAGUAAGGAGAUAGGUCAUUUACCUGCUGGGAAAUUACUCAAUCCGCUGAAGGAUACGACAGGAGCAGGAGAUUGUUUUGCGGGGUAUUUCGUAGCUGGGUUGAUGAGAGGUGAGAAAUUGGAAGAUGUAUUGAAGACAUGUCUGACGGCUUGUGCGAUCUGCGUUGAAAAUCAAGGUGCGAUGGAAAGUGUACCCAGUAGAGAAACAGUCCUUUCCAGAUUAUCAUGA